AUGGUGAUGUAUCCUCCAUCUUCUCAUGAGAAUAUCAUGGAUACAGAGCCUGAUGCGGUUUAUGGGACGAUCUUGCAGUGCAGGACGGGUUUAUUAGGACCGGGGGAUACCCGAAUUCUGCCGGCUGAUAGUUGGAAUUCUAUCUUCUUUAGGGAUCUUAUGAGUCCUGAAGCUGGUUUUCGGUAUCGUCGGAUAAUGCUUGAUUGGGGUGGGAAUCGGAUUGAAAUGGAGGGUUAG